AAAUAUUUAAAUAUCCAGUCAUCGAGAUGUGAGGGGCCAUAAAACCAGUAGGAAUUUGUAAUCCAAAGAAGGAAAAAAAGAAAGUAGCGUGAUUUCAGAAUCAGGUUGUGUGAAUAUUUAUAAUGUGUAUUACUGGCAGGCUAAGGACUCGGCACCCCUAUAUAAUGUCGGCCAAGCCCUACAUACUGUCGGCCGAGCUUCACUGAGCUCCGAUACAAAUUCCCGAAAAGCUGCACUUUAUGAACCUAUCCCCUGCUUGUUCGCAGGUAUUGCUGCUGUAUUUACAUCUGUCCGUAUUGUCAUCGCCGGCCGAUUAUCUUGCUUGCUUACUAACACGGAGCCACGUUAUUUUUAAAGGGUCUACAGGCACAUGCUUCACUGGGCUUUGGUAGGUCGCUUUUUCUUUCACAUCUCGUAUAUUUUCUAUUCUUUUUCUGGUCGUAAUCUUUGAUGGUGGCCAUGGCAUUCUAUUUCAACCACGGCAGCACGGUCGACCAGAUUGAUGACUACAGGCCAGUGCCCAUCGAGAAAACACUGAUGUCGCCAGCUAAUGAAAGCGACCACACGCAAAAGCAAUCACUGGUGAGUGCAAAGCGUGCCUGGCGUGAAUGCAAAGUCUCCAACAUGUUCAAGCAUCCAUAUUUGCCUCAGCUGGACCAGCGAGAACCACAGCCGACAAACCUGUACUCUGAGGUGUACAAUGCCAGCGACUUGAUAUUCAACGAUGCAGGCCAAGUGACGUACGGAACAUGGCGCGCAUUGGUUAUCUAUCUAACGCAGCCUGAAAACAGCAUGGAGUUUAUGCGUGUUUUCUUUAUCGGGUUCCGACUGUUCGCAUCGCCGAGGGGACUGGCAGAGGCAUUGGCUAUGCGGGCACAUCUGCCACCGCCAGAAACCGAGUCAGUGCCGAUCCAGCACAAGGUCCUCCAGGUAAUCAAGUACUGGCUCAGCCAAUGCCUGAAACGCAACUCCAGGUAUCCACUGCCACAGCGCGAGUGUCUGAAGCUUAUGUGUCGUAUCAACGAACUGUACCGGGAUGAGGCGCCAGGUAUCAAGCCGAUGCGAUCGCUGGCAGUGCCUGUGCCGACUCGUGAGACUAUUAUUUCACAGACGCCGUCGGAGCAGCCGCAGCUAUCAUAUGUUGAGGACACGGAUAGGGGAUAUAACAACGGCGAGCUUUUGUCGGCUCCUAAGCGCCUGCUGACGAGGCUGUUUACACACCACAAGAGCAGCAACAAUAAGCGGACAGUUCCCGGUGGUGUGGCGAUGCACCGUGCCCAGUCACAAGGGUCACUGACCAGUACUCUGACUGAGUCAACCCCGAGCACCCAACUGAAGCAGCAAGAGGCCGACCCGGUGCCUGGUAUCUCUGAGCUUCUGAUGGCUACAGUUGGAGAGGAUCUGUCUGUGGAGGCGUACCGGUCUUCCAAUAUCCUGCAGGUGUCGCCGAUGGAUGUAGCAUGCCAGCUAACGAUCAUCGAGAGCUCGUGCUUUUGCCAGAUCCAGCCGAUGGAGCUGGUUAACAAGGAGUUUAGCCAUGGCGAAACGUCGCUAGCCGUCAACGUGCGGCAGAUGACAAAAUGGUCGACGCAGAUUUCGCGAUGGGCUUCUGCUGUGAUUCCUGUCCGGAGGUUACCAGCAGACCGGCGCUUGGAACAGCAGUGUCUGGCGCUGAAGAACUACGACGCGGUCAUGGCAAUCAAGGCUGCCAUAUUCUGUGCUGCAGUGAUGCGACUGAAGAGUACGUGGGCGCUCCUGCCCAAAAAAUUCGAUGCGACCGAUCCUGACCGAAACUACGCCAACUACCGGGAUCUUUUGCGUCGCUCGCAGCCACCACUGCUGCCGUUCAUGGGCCUAUAUUUGACGGAUCUAACCUUCCUCGAAGACGGCAAUCCGACAUACCGCCGCCGCUCAUCGACAGAUUCGAUCCUGACAGCAAAGAACGUCAAUCGCCAGUCCCAGCCGUGUACGGGCUCGGAUCAUGUCGACAUCAGCGACCAACAGGUCCUGAUCAACUUUGACAAGGCGUAUCGUGUUGCGAGUAUUGUCAAGGAGAUCGCCAAGUUCCAGGUCGAGUACAGCGGCAAUUUCACGCUGGCCAUUCCAGGUCUGCAGAAGUACCUGAUUGAGCAGUGGGCCAAGUGCGAGCGCGAAGGAUACGACGACGACAAAAUCUACGAGAUGAGCCUUGAGCGCGAGCCGCGUCCAACCCAAGUAGCCAUGCGGCUAACCCGCCUGCUGCCAGGCACACAGAGAUUCAAGGCCAAGGAGGCAGCGGCUGUUCAGUAG